AUGUUCGUGAAGCCGGAGAGCCUGGAGCUGCAGGCGGAGGGAGAGCUGCUGCUGCUGGGCCCCGCCUCGCCCUGCUCCCCCUCGCUCACCCCGCUCUCCUCCAGCUCGGAGGAAGAGGAGGACGAUGAACUCCAGGCGCCCUCGCCUGCCCGCCCGGCGGAGGAGCAGCAGGCGCGGCUGCAACUGAGCCUGAGGCUGCACGAGUGCAAGCGGCGCUCCGGCCGGGCCCGGGCCGGCUCCCGGGGGACCAAGACAGCUGAGACGGUGCAGAGGAUCAAGAAGAGCCGGCGGCUGAAGGCCAACAACCGGGAGCGGAACCGCAUGCACAACCUGAACGCGGCGCUGGACGCGCUGCGCGAGGUGCUGCCCACCUUCCCCGAGGACGCCAAGCUCACCAAGAUCGAGACGCUGCGCUUCGCCCACAACUACAUCUGGGCGCUGACCGAGACCCUGCGCCUGGCCGACCACUGCGGAGCCGCCGGCCUGCCGGGAGCCCUCUUCCCCGAGGCAGUGCUGCUGAGCCCCGGCGGCGCGCCCGCCAGCACCGACAGCAGCCCCUCGCCCGCCUCCUCUUGGAGCUGCACCAACAGCCCCCUGUCCUCCGCCUCCUCCUCCUCCUACAGCUGCACUUUAUCGCCCGCCAGCCCCGCCUCGGACAUGGACUACUGGCAGCCCGACCAGCCCCGCUACGCGCCGCCUCGCCCGCUGGCCAGGGACUUUAUCUAG